AUGCUUAAUCUUGCAGUUUAUUAUCAGUGGGUUCCAUUUGUUCUGGGUCUGCAAUGCUGCCUCUUCUACACCCCGCGUCUCAUCUGGCAGGCAAUUUGCUAUAAUCGCACUGGAACUGACUUGGAAAACCUUGUCAAUCAGGCUGUGACAGCCAUGCAUAGCGACGGAAAGGGUCGUCAGGGCGCUGUUGACACCAUCGCAGAAGGCAUUGAGCACUUACUCUUCCAAGGUCAGAAAAGAGCUAUGCUGGGUCGUGAAGAAUUGAGAGGUGGUGGCCGAAGUGCCACGGACUCAGAAGGCGAGAAAAUGUUAGACUACGCGGGUGAAAAGCAUCACAGGCGCAACUUUGCCUCCCAAAGCGCACGUCUCCGCGUUUUGUCAAAGCGUCGUGGGAAUUACAUCGUGUUGACAUAUUUGCUCAUCAAAAUGCUUUACCUCGCCAACGCCAUAGGCCAGAUGUUUCUGAUGCAACACUUUUUGGGUUUCAACUCCACAUCUAGUCCCCUCUUCGGGUUCAGUGUACUCAAAAACAUUAUCAAUGGUCAUGAUUGGCAAAUGACACAGAUAUUCCCUCGUGUCGGCUUUUGCUAUGCCGAAAUGAAGAUUCUUGGUGUUCGUGUGAAUGGCGUGACGGCGCAAUGCGCCCUACCUGUAAAUAUGCUCAAUGAAAAGCUCUACAUCUUCCUUUGGUGGUGGAUCUUGGCAGCGGCUAUUAUCACCGCAAUCUACUUACUCCUCUGGAUCAUUCGAAUUUGUGCAAAAUCACGAGAAGUUGACUACAUUAUUAAGUAUAUCAAAUUUGCUGAUGAUGUUCCUCAAUUCGAUGAGCGCGAUGUCGAUGAUUUUGCCCUUCGCUUCCUUCGCCACGAUGGCAUGUUCCUCAUUCGAAUGGUUCGAUUGAAUGCUGGUGACGUUGUUGCAUCCGGGGUUGUAAAUGCCCUUUGGAACCGAUAUCAAGAACGCUUGGAAUCAGGGAAUCGAGAUCCUCUGACCAACAAUCUACGUAGCAAUGUUGGCUGGUCUGCUAGCCUUGAAAAAGGUGGAGAUGAUACCACCGUGAGAAACAGGGCACCUGAAAUGCCUUCUGUUGACUCGACGGAGACGCCUUACCCUCAUCAGCCAAGAAGUAUUCGCACGCACACCUGA